AUGGCGGUCGGCUUGGGCGUGAGCUACCAGCAGGUCCUGGGUACUCUCUUUGCUUGCUUGGUAUCAGGGGCUGUCUAUGCUAUUAUCAAAGGAUGGAAAUCGAGAGCGUUAAUGUACAGAUUACGAAAAAAUCCCGUAGGCCUUCCCAUACCCAAAUGGAAUCCCAUAACUGGCCAUUUACUCGCUCUUGUGCCGUACCUCUCGCGCCUACCAGCAGAUGCACAUCAGAAUUAUGUUCUUGCGGAAUUAGGCAAUGACUUUCCUCAGUCUGACUCGGCGUAUUACUUGGACAUAUGGCCGUUCCUCAGGCCAAUCCUCUUGAUCUCUUCGCCAUCUUUAGCAAUUCAGGCUUGCCAGCAAUACGAUUUGGAGAAGCCCGAGAGUAUCAUCGAUUUUUUCCAGCCGUUUGCAGGAAGGAAAGAUCAUAUGUUUACUUCCAAUGGACCGGAGUGGAAAAAGUUGCGUUCAAUGUUCAGUCGAGGCUUCAGCGCCAACUAUAUUCUCAGUCAAAUGGAUCAUAUAGUUGAGGAAACGACGGAAUUUGUAUCCAUCCUGAGAAAGCACGCCGAGAGAAAGGAUAUAUUCUCCUUUGAUGACCUUCUCUGUAAUUUUACAAUGGAUAUCAUCGGAGCUGUGACGCUCAACGCCAGACUUCACUCACAACGGCAGUACAAUCAGCUGGCGUACGCUAUGAGAAGCCAGGUUCGGUGGCAUCUUUCUAGUGGCGAGUUCAACCCACUCAAACGAUUCAAUCCUCUUCGUCCGCUGAUUCAGUGGAAUAAUGGACGUCUGAUGGACAACUACAUCUCGAAGGAGCUAGAUGAAAGACUUGCAGAGAGGCGACGGAGCAAGGAAGCAGUGACACGCUCUAUUAUUGACAUCGUAAUAGAGGAAUACAUGUCACAAAACGAAGUCACAAAUGAAUCCCAGGCGUUGGACCCUACCUUCAAAAAAUGGGCCAUUGUCCAGAUCCGACUGUUCUUGUUUGCAGGACACGACUCUACGGCAACAAGCUUGUGCUAUGCCUACCACUUGCUUUCACAGCAUCCAGAGGCUCUUAAACGAAUUCGAGCUGAACAUGACGAAAUUUUCGGAACAGAUCUUUCAACUGUCGCUGCUCAGCUAUUGGAGCAACCACAGAAGACCAACCUUCUUCCUUAUACAAACGCGGUCAUUAAGGAAGCUAUGCGUCUGUGGCCUGCCGCUGCUGGCAUUCGGGAGGGAACUGCGGAAACAAUUCUUCGAGACGACAAUGGAAACGAAUAUCCAACAGAUGGAAUAGCAAUCCUUAUUCUGCACAAUGCACUUCAUCGAAACCCAAAGUACUGGAAAGAGCCGGACGCAUUCAUUCCAGAGCGUUGGCUGGUGGGUCCUGAAGACCCCCUGUAUCCUGUUAAAGGAGCUUGGAGACCGUUUGAAUUUGGUCCCAGAAAUUGUAUUGGGCAAACGUUGGUGAUGCAGGACAUGAAAACAGUGCUUGCAAUGACAUUGAGAGAGUUUGAUAUCUGCAACGCAUAUGCUGAGUGGGACGAACUACACCCAAGAAAGGGGUUGAAAACUGUUUUGGGAGAAAGGGCGUACCCCGUUUUUGUGUCAUCCGUUCACCCAGCUGAUGGAUUUCCAUGUAGGGUGGCACUUAGGCAGUAG